GCUAAGCAAAGCUACAAGAUGGCGGCACCCGAUGGGAAUUUGCACGGCUUUUCUCUCUCUUUCAGAUAUCUUUAAACACACAAAAUGGGAGCUUUAUUUUUCGGAUUAUCAGCGGAAUGCGAGUGGAAAUGAAUUUGCAUGAGCUGCAUUAGCAUUUACGGAAAUUAAAAAACAAACAAACACGGCUCUCAAAUCAUUUUUUGCUUCACCCGGCGGGCUUGUUUUAUUUUGUCGCAGAGCGAAUAUGCCGCUAAAAUGGCGGCUUCCAUUACAUCUUCAAGCUAAGCUAGCAUAUUAGCUGGCUACAUUUUGUACCAGCAAAACUCCACUGUAUGACAGAAAAACAAGUUUACAGCUCGACGUUGACUAAUUCACAGGGGGAAAAUGGCUUCUUCUGGUACCAACACCACAUCGAGCGGUUCGGGCUCAGUGUUGCAGCCGAGGUGGAAGCGGGUGCUCGGAUGGUCCGGGCCGGUGCCUCGGCCUCGUCACGGCCACCGCGCCGUCGCCAUUAAAGAGCUGAUGGUCGUCUUUGGCGGCGGCAAUGAAGGAAUCGUGGAUGAACUUCACGUUUACAACACUGCGACUAAUCAGUGGUUUAUCCCGGCUGUCCGGGGCGAUGUGCCACCCGGCUGUGCUGCGUAUGGGUUUGUGUGUGACGGCACCCGGCUUUUGGUUUUCGGAGGAAUGGUUGAAUAUGGAAAAUACAGCAAUGAUCUCUAUGAGCUUCAGGCCAGUAGAUGGGAGUGGAAACGGCUGAAGCCUAAAGCUCCAAAGAACGGCCCGCCUCCUUGUCCACGCCUGGGUCACAGCUUCUCCCUCGUCGGGAAUAAGUGCUACCUAUUCGGCGGACUUGCCAAUGACAGCGAAGAUCCCAAAAACAAUAUUCCAAGAUACCUGAAUGACCUGUACACACUCGAGCUGCGUCCAGGCUCUAACGUGGCAGGCUGGGACAUCCCCAUCACAUAUGGCGUGCUUCCUCCUCCUCGCGAGAGUCACACAGCUGUAGUCUACACAGAGAAAACCUCAAAGAAGUCUCGCCUUGUUAUCUACGGAGGCAUGAGCGGCUGCCGCCUCGGAGACCUCUGGACAUUAGAUAUAGACACGCUUACUUGGAACAAGCCGGCGAUCAGUGGCACUGCUCCGCUCCCUCGCAGUCUUCACUCUGCCACCACCAUAACCAACAAGAUGUAUGUGUUCGGCGGGUGGGUGCCCUUAGUGAUGGAUGAUGUGAAAGUGGCUACACAUGAAAAGGAAUGGAAGUGUACAAACACACUGGCAUGCCUAAAUCUGGACACAAUGUCAUGGGAGACUAUUUUAAUGGACACUCUGGAAGACAACAUCCCAAGAGCCAGGGCAGGGCACUGCUCCGUAGCUAUCAACUCCCGACUGUAUGUUUGGAGUGGCAGAGACGGAUACCGCAAAGCCUGGAAUAACCAAGUGUGCUGCAAAGACCUCUGGUAUUUAGAGACAGACCGUCCUCUGGCACCGUCUCGUGUGCAGCUGGUUCGUGCCAAUACAAGUUCUCUGGAGGUGAGCUGGGGCGCUGUACCUACUGCCGACGCCUACCUGCUGCAGCUGCAGAAAUACGAAAUUCCAGCAGCAACAGCAGCCUCUUCCCCCAGCGUCACUCCCACUUCCUCGCUGCCCUCCAACUCGCCCAAGAGCCCGGCCCCGGCCGCCGCGGCCCCUGCCUCUCAGAGCGUGCCCGUCACAGGGGUCACCCUCAUACCCCAGGUGCCCUCACCGACCAUGUCCAUGCCUGGGAGCCCGCUCGCUGCAGCCUCACCACGUGGUCCAGGUAAAACCAUUUUGAAAGUAGCAGCACCUCAGUCCGCUGCUGGGACGUCUAUCGUCACUGUGCGUCAGGCCAAUCAAGUGGGAAAAUCUCCAGUUACAGUUGCAUCGCUUCCUGCUGGAGUGCGUAUGGUCGUUCCUGCACAGAGCGCACAAGGAACACCGAUUGGGAGCAGCCCUCAGAUGAGUGGCAUGGCCGCUCUGGCUGCAGCUGCAGCUGCCACACAGAAAAUCCCACCAUCAUCAACAGCCACGGUGCUGAACGUUCCAGCAGGAGCCACCAUUGUGAAAACUGUUGCCGUCACUCCAGGCUCUGCAGCUCUUCCUGCUACAGUGAAAGUAGCAUCACCAGUGACUGUGAGCAACCCAGCUACCCGCAUGCUAAAGACAGCUGCAGCUCAAGCUGGAACUUCGACCAUCACGACCCCCAAUACGCCAACACGCCCCAUUAUCACUGUGCACAAAUCGGGCACAGUGACUGUAGCUCAGCAGGCACAGGUGGUCACCACUGUGGUGGGAGGAGUCACUAAAACCAUCACACUCGUCAAGAGCCCGCUCACUGUGGGCAGCGGUGGCACUCUGAUCUCUAGCCUGGGGAAGGUGAUGUCCAUGGUCCAGACAAAACCAGUACAGACUUCUGCAGUGACGGGCCAAGCUGGGAGCCCUGUCACACAGAUCAUACAGACGAAGGGUCCUCUGCCUGCAGGCACCAUAUUGAAGCUAGUCACCUCAGCAGACGGCAAGCCCACCACCAUCAUCACUACCACGCAGGCAAGUGGCACUGGCACCAAACCAACCAUUCUGGGCAUCUCCCCGACCACCACUACCAAGCCUGGCACCACCAUCAUCAAGACCAUCCCGAUGUCUGCUAUUCAGCAAGGAGCUGCAGGUGCUACUAGCAGCACUGGUAUCAAGUCUCCGAUCACAAUCAUCACAACCAAAAUGAUGACUCCUGGCACACCAGGAAAAAUUAUCACCGCAGUACCAAAACUGGCUGCUGGAACUGCACAGCAGGGAGUGACUCAGGUGGUCCUGAAGGGGGCGCCAGGGCAGCCUGGCACCAUUCUUCGCACUGUGCCUAUGGGUGGUGUGCGUCUCGUUUCUCCUGGUACUGUUUCUGCUGUCAAACCCACAGUUACUACAUUAGUGGUUAAAGGCACCACAGGAGUAACUACUCUCGGCACUGUGACUGGAACAAUUUCAACCAGCCUGGCAGGGGGCAACGCUACUGCCAAUGCUAGCCUGGCUACUCCCAUAACCACCUUGGGCACCAUCGCCACACUCUCCAGCCAGGUGAUCAGCCCAGCAGCUAUCACAGUGUCUGCAGCCCAGACAAACCUGACUACUACACCGACAGUGGCCAUACAGGCAGCUACACAGCCCACACAGGUGACUCUGAUAAGCACCCCCAGUGGCGUGGAGGCGCAGCAGGACCUUCCCGUAUCCAUCUUGGCCUCCCCCACCUCUGAACAGCCCUCCACCACAGGCGCUGAAGCAGGCGAUGCCUCGGGUGAAGUGACUCUAGCCUGCUCCAACCCACCAUGCGAGACCCAUGAAACCGGCACCACCAAUACUGCCACCACAGCUUCUGCUAAGAUUGGAACAGAGCGUGUGUGUUCUAACCCACCUUGUGAGACGCACGUGACUGGAACAACCAAUACGACGACCACGGCAUCGGCCGACAUGGGCUGCGUGCAGCAAGUAUGCAGCAACCCACCGUGCGAAACACAUGAAACGGGCACCACAAACACAUCUACACAGGCAUCCUCAAACAUGGGUAUGGAGACCAACACGGUACAGAGAGUGUGUUCCAACCCGCCUUAUGAGACCCAUGAAACCGGCACCACCAACACCGCUACGCAGGCAUCUUCGAGUAUGGGCAGUGCAGAGACCAACACGGUACAGAGAGUGUGUUCCAACCCGCCUCGCGAGACCCAUGAAACCGGCACCACCAACACUGCUACGCAGGCAUCUUCGAGCAUGGGCAGUGCAGAGACCAACACGGUACAGAGAGUUUGUUCUAAGCUGCCGUGUGAGACCCAUGAAACCGGCACCACCAACACCGCUACGCAGGCAUCUUCGAGCAUGGGCAGUGCAGAGACCAACACGGUACAGAGAGUUUGUUCUAAGCUGCCGUGUGAGACCCAUGAAACCGGCACCACCAACACCGCUACGCAGGCAUCUUCGAGUAUGGGCAGUGCAGAGACCAACACGGUACAGAGAGUUUGUUCUAAGCCACCGUGUGAGACCCAUGAAACCGGCACCACCAACACCGCUACGCAGGCAUCUUCGAGCAUGGGCAGUGCAGAGACCAACACUGUACAGAGAGUGUGUUCUAAUCCGCCUUGUGAGACCCAUGAAACCGGCACCACCAACACUGCUACGCAGACGUCUUUGAGUAUGGGCAAUGCGGAAACCAACACUGUACAGAGAGUUUGUUCUAACCCGCCGUGUGAGACCCAUGAGACUGGCACCACUAACACACCCACACAAGCUUCAUCCACUAUUGGCGUGGGGCAAAACGGCAUGGUGCAGAGAGUGUGUUCCAACCCGCCAUGUGAGACCCAUGAGACGGGCACCACCAACACUGCUACUACUGCCACCAGCAGCCUCGAGUCAGCCGAAGGAUCAGCGCAACAGAGUGGUAACGGACAAGACACUGGCACCAGCGCUGAGGCGACUUCUUCAACAGAACCUGCCAAUCCUCCAAUUCAGAGCAGAGCCAUCACCACAGUGACGCAGGCCACGCCCACUCCAGGACCUUCUGUUCCUGAAAUCUCAUCCAUGGCAAGCUCUGCUGCUGUCGUGGAGGGAUCUGGCGAAGCCGAGGCAAUGGAGCAGGGAGACUCUGAGGCAGUAGCGAUGGGCGAGGAGCCCAUGCAGACCGAGGGUGAACUGGGUGAAGAGGGGGCAGUCAGAGUUGUUGCUAUUGAAGAGGGUGCUGCUGGUGAGGCAGGCACCAUGCUGCAGGUUCACGUUGCCAUGGAAGCACAGCCGGGUCAAGGAGAGCAGGCUGAGAUGGAGCAGGGUGGUGAUAGUGCAGAGGCCGUGGCUCUGUCAGGGCAGGACUCUGAGGCCUUGGCACUGCCUCAGGAACUGAUGUCGGCCGAGGGGCAGCAGACCACGCUGAUGGUGACGGGACUGACCCCGGAGGAACUGGCCGUCACCGCUGCGGCAGAAGCUGCUGCUCAGGCUGCAGCCACAGAAGAGGCCCAGGCGCUCGCCAUACAGGCUGUGUUGCAGGCAGCCCAACAGGCUGUGCUCAAUGAAGGAGAUGCAGGACAUGAUGGUCAGCAGGCCACCACCAUUCCCAUUGUACUGACGCAACAGGAACUGGCUGCUCUGGUCCAGCAGCAGCAGCAACUCCAGGAGGUUCAAGCAGCAGCAGCUGCCGCUGCCCAGCAACUGGGGGCCGAUUCGGGUGCGGGGCCUCUGCCAACUGAGGGCCUGGCACCUGCAGACAGCCUCAACGACCCCACAACAGAAAGCAACGGCCACGAGAUGGCCGCUGCAGCAGUAACUGGAACCGUGGUUCAGCUUCUACCCAGCACUUCUGCAGAGACUUUGGCUCCAUCGAGUACACUUACCCCAGUCCAGCCUAUGGUGGCUGCCAGCCCUGCCAAGAUACAGGCUGCUACUGCGCUUGCUGAGGUGGCCAAUGGCAUCGAGUCUGCAGCAGGGCAGAAGCCAGGAGCGCCCCCUGCAGUUGUGAAACCGCCAGUGAAGAAAGAAAAUCAGUGGUUUGAUGUUGGAAUAGUCAAGGUGACGAACAUGGUCGUCACACACUAUUAUAUCCCAGCAGAUGAUUCGGAGGUUACGGAUGAUGAUUCUGGGACCAUACCAGACUACAGUCAAAUGAAGAAGGUGGAGCUCUCUCCUGGCACCGCGUACAAAUUCCGUGUGGCUGGAAUUAACGCUUGUGGCCGUGGAACGUUUUCUGAAGUGUCUGCAUUCAAGACCUGCUUGCCUGGUUUCCCUGGAGCACCGUGUGCCAUUAAAAUCAGCAAGAGCCCUGAUGGUGCUCAUCUCACCUGGGAACCUCCGUCUGUGACAUCAGGGAAGAUCAUAGAGUACUCCGUCUACCUGGCCAUCCAGAGCUCUCAGACGACCGAGGCAAAAGCAUCUGCCCCGGCUCAGCUGGCCUUCAUGCGGGUGUAUUGUGGGCCAAACCCCUCCUGCCUAGUCCAGACUUCCAGCCUGUCCAACGCCCACAUCGACUACACAACCAAACCCGCCAUCAUCUUCCGCAUUGCCGCCCGCAACGAGAAGGGCUACGGCCCUGCUACGCAAGUCAGGUGGCUUCAAGAAACCAGUAAAGAUGGAUCUGCUGCCAAACCUGCAGCAAAGAGACCGGUCUCAUCUCCUGAUACGAAAGGUACCGGUCCAAAAAAGGCCAGAGCCGACCAGUGAGAGAUUGACGUGCCCCUCCCCCUUCGAGACCAACACCCCUGACCGAACUCCUUCCUGCUGAAUGCCCUCCCCAGCCUUAUUAAACCACAUCCCCAAUCACUUCCUAAUUAACAUGAAAUGACAGCGGGGGAAAAAAAAGGAGAAAGUUCAAGAUAAUCUGUUUGUGCCCUACCCCAAUCAUCACUGGACAUCCUGGUGCCAUGGACGCCUUAUCGCUUCGACUGUGUUAAAAUGAAACCGUAUUAUAAAUGUUUCUUCAGACAAACAGUUAAAAGCACAUUCUUUUUUGCUUUGUCCUGGAAGUUGUGUGAUAAAUUUCCAAAUGGCAGCAUUCAGUCAAGUUAACUGUAUUGGGUUGUUUUUUUGUUUUUUCCCUUCCUGUAGUUCAUUUUUUUUUCCCCUUCCUUCAUGUUAUUUUAUCUUACAAGCAAUAGAUAAAAAAAAAACAACAACAAAACAAACAACUUUGCUCUUCUGCCAGUUUUUUAAGUCUGUAUAUUUCAGUUGGACACGGACGGAUGUUGGACGGUAACUGAAGAGGGAGAAAGCCGACAAUGAAGCUACACCUGGAAAUCCAUUGAAGGAUGGGAGGGGGAAAAAAGCAACAACACAGCACUUGGUGAUGCUUCUGAAGAAAAGAGAAAAAAAAACUUUUCAUUUUAAGACAUCUGUAAUUGUAUAUUCAAUCCGAGUCCAGUAGCCUGUUAUUACAUCACUGUGUUUUCAUUCAUAGCUAAGAGGGAAUUGGAGAACUGUAUUUUGUACCGAAGAUGUAAGGACUCUGAUCCUUGUAGAAGGGGAGGUGUGUGACUGUUUUUUUUUUUUUGAAAUGCAUCUUGUAUAAAGAAAGGGGGGGUAGGGGAUCCCAUAAAUGGUAAGAAGUGAUUUCAGAAGCUCGCUGUGUGGUUUAUUUUUGUAUUUUAUUUUUUUUUUUUAAACAGAAAAACGUCCCCCUUAUUGUGUGCAUUUGCUCAGUUUUAAACAGUUCCUGUUCAUUCCUGUACUCUGAGUGUCUUGUGGGAUCCUGCGGCCGAUUGUCUUGUGUGCCACAGAGUUUUCUACAUCCCACCUUAAGGUAUCUUUGAAACGCUGAUUCAGAAAUUAAAGAUUGAAGUGAACUUUUUCUACUCACUUUGGAGUAAGACUACCCACUUAAAACAAGUUCAGCAUACUGAAUAUUUGGGUUUUCUUUCAUUUUUUUUUUUCCUUCUCCUUCCUCCCAACUUGUAUAUUGUUCAUUUAAAGGAGUGUGUUGUUGGAAAGCUAUUUUCUCCUUUGGUUAAUUUUUUUCCCCCUCCCUUCCUGUUAACUUUUUCACUAGUUAAUGUAAACUUUGCUUUUUUGAGUUUCUGUGCAUUUUUUUUUUCUUUCUCCCCCCUGUUGCUCUCAACGCUUGCUUGUGAGCUGGCUGGAGGUAAAAGCAAAACUGGGAUUCUUCUCAUUGUGGGGAAAAUGUCACAAGCCUCGUCAUUCAUCCUGGGGUGGCUUAAUUUUUUAUUUUUGUUUUCCGCAGAUGGUUUCGGGGUGCAGGGUACAGAUGGAUUAACAGUGUCGGAUUGAGAGUGCUGAUACAGGAUGUGUCUAUUCAUUGUGUUCAGUUGGAUGAUGAUGAUGCUCAAUUCUGAUCCUGGACCAGCAUGCUCGCUCUGAAACGUGAUUUUGCGUUACAACCCCCAGUUUCUAGAAUGAUGUUUGACUGAAAAAUGGACCCUGUAUGUGUCUGAAUGGGAAUGAGGAGAAACAUUUGGUUUGCUUUUCUGACAGUUUGUGAAAAUGAUGGGUUAUUGGCACAGCCAGCGUUUGAACUCAGUUGUAAAUUAGUUCUUUCACGUAGCAAGACGUAAAACAAAACUCCGCCUUUUUAUAUAAUUAUCUGUAACAAAUGUUUUUACAUGUUGUCAUCUAUUGAUUGCUUUUGUGUCUUGACAUAUAAAAGUAAUGGAAAUCUG